AUGACCGCAUACCCACCGUACAACACCCUUUGGUCACCAGAGACCCCCUCGACCCAGACCAGCACCACCUCCAUGUCGACUCUCCCAAACGGCGCUGCCCCGCCACACCCAAACCUUAGCCCAACUUCCCUCUACGACCCCCGCGACGAAGAGGCAGACGUCGGUGGAUACAACUACCAGCUUCAACCCCUGGCAGGAAGCUCGACCACAAUAGUCCCAGAAUCCUCACCUCGCCCGUCCAUCUCAUUGACACUCCCCCACCAUUCGUCGUCGCCAUCGUCUUGGAGCUCGAUUCCAUACGGAAAGCAGUCGGUAGACCUCUCCAACCCCCUCCUCGCCCCCGGUGCUGCCGAGCAGUGGGCUGUGGAGCAAGACCCGUACCUAGUCACUUUUGCUCCCACCGACCCCCGCCACCCCUGGAACUGGUCGGCUCUCAAGCGAUGGACCAUCCUGCUGGUAGUGUGCUCCGCUGCAGUGUGCGUCACUGUAGCGAGCUCCAUUCAGGCCAGCACCUAUAGCAACCUCGAGGAUGAGUUCGACGUCCCUCGCAUAGAAGCUGUCGCCGGUGUCAGCCUCUACGUCCUCGGAUUUGGUAUCGGAGCUCUGUUCCUGGGACCGCUCAGCGAGUUCUACGGCAGGUCUAUCAUCUAUCUCAUUUCGUUCGCGUUGUUCACCAUCCUCAACAUUCCCAUCGCCACCGCGCAGAGCAUGGGCAUCUUGCUCGUAUUUCGUCUCCUCACCGGCCUGUGCGGCGCUGGUUUCCUUUCGGUCGCCGGUGGAACCGUGUCCGACCUAUUUCGUCCUGGCACAACCGACAUGCCGACGGCCAUCUACACUCUCGCACCCUUGUCCGGCCCAUGCCUGGGUCCGAUCCUCGGAGGUUACCUCAACCAAAACGUCACUUGGCGCGCAACCUUUUAUCUUAUCAUCGGCUGGUCGGGCGUCGAGUGCGUGCUCCUCUGGUUCCUUGUACCCGAAACGUUCCUCCCCAUUGUACUCAAGAAGGAGGCGAGGCGAAAACGCUCCGAGACUGGCGAGGCUGCAUGGCAUUCACCCGCCGAGCGUAGUGACCGCACCGUUGGGGACGUCUUCCCUGGCGCACUGUGGGUACCGAUCAAGAUGAUGCUUGUCGAGAAGAUGGCACUGGCCAUGGACCUCUGGACCGCACUGGUACUGGGUAUCAUCUACCUGUUCUUUAACGCCAUCCCCUUCACCUUUCGCACACUGUACAACUUCACACUGGGUGAAACUGGACUUGCCUUCUUUGCAUUGGGCCUCGGCAUGGUCAUCGGAACUGCGACGCAGCCACUGUUCGUCCGGGGAAUCAAGGACAAAUCCAUCAUCGCAGGCGGCAAGGCUCCACCCGAAGCACGCCUACCCGUGGGCAUGGCGGGUGCCAUCCUCGCACCAUUAGGACUGCUUUGGUUUUCGCUCUCGAGCUUUCAAAAGAUGCCAUGGAUCAUGCCAAUGAUUGGAACUCUAAUCUUUGGCGUCGGAGCAGUCUACAUCUUCACCUGCGUGUUUGGAUUCCUUAUCGCAACGUACCCAAAGAACGCCGCCUCCGCCAUGGCCGGCAACACCUUGCUCCGUUGCGUAUGGGCUGCUGGUUUCCCGCUCUUUGCCACGCCGCUGUACAAGAAUCUCGGCCCAGAGGGAGCCACCGCCUUGCUUGCAGGACUCACUGCACUUCUUGCACCCAUCCCGUGA